UUCCCCUCCCCCUCUCCUCCUUACCCCUCACUUCGCUAGUUAUUAUUAAACCAUCAUUAACUGUUUGUCCAGAGUUAACAACAGCCCAGCAACAGGAAACUCCGAGUUGGACAGUCUCCUCCAAUUCUCGCCACCAUGCAGGAUGGUCGAGAGUGUCAACAACAACCAUUCCAUCGAGGAGAAGGUGGAUCAUUUCAGAACUUUUUCCGUUGCCACUGAUAUUGGAGGCAAACCCGACACAUCGACGUCGACUCCGACACCGAACCUCAAGAUGUUGCCUCUUUUCCCGGAUGGGUUUGUGGAUGGGGAGCAUUACGAUGAAGUUAGCGUAGGACUUCAAGAGACAAUGUUCGAAGGCAGCAUUGAGCAUAAGAACAAUUCCAACCACGCGCAGCAGGACUUUUUCUGUCAGUUCAACACCCCACCGGCACUUCUUGGUGGGGAGGACAAUGACGACCAUGGAGAGCAGCGGCUGAGCUCGACCCACUCGUCACCGACACUCUCCCACCACGAGUGCAUCCAAAUCGACUCCAAGACGUACAGCGCCCCCAAUUCACCUCAUGGGAAACCACCGUUAUCGCGACACCCGAAGAAAAAACUCGUUCGGAGACAGUCUUCCCCACCGACCAGUUCCGCAAACGCCGAGGAGACCGAGGACGACGCCGAGGACAUCCAAAAUGUAUCGCCGGAUUCGCCGAGCACCAGGACUAAAUUUAGGAGGAGCUUUUUCAAGCGUUUUUCGGCGGGAAACAAAGAGGAAUUACAAGGGAAAUCAAGAGCGUUGUCGGUGAGAGAGAGAAAAGUCCAAAAGAAGGCACAACCCGAGAGCAAGAAGGUAGGUCAAAAUUAUUUCUACAGUGCAAUCUGGGGAGUGUUUCACGAAACAAAUAGUUAAUGAUUUUUCACUGACAAAUUUGCUCUUAGCCAAUCAGAUGCAAGGAUUAUGGAAGCUUUAACAAAAGUCAUUGAAAACCACUGUUUGUUUUAUGAAAUCUGGUCUGUACUUGGUUAAAAAAUGGUAUCCAUGUUAAUUCCUCCAAGGACAAUCACUCUCUUAGCAAAUCUUCUCAUUGAGCUGAUUAUGAAACAUAAUGUCUGACCUAACCUCAACCAUAAUCCUAAUCUCUGCAUUAAUCAGAACAAAAUUACCAUUUGCAAACCAAUAUCUUUAGGGAAAUUAAGACAGAUUUAGGAAUCAUAGACAGAGAAUGUUGGAUCAACUGAAAGACGUGCUGCUACUGCUGCUAUAUUCAGAAUGAUUUAACAUUUCAAGACUGAUCUUCUAUUCAAAAUGAUAUAUUUUGUGAAAUAAAUUAUCCCCCAUCAAGUUUCCAAGUAGGCCAUUGUAAUUAGUUUCAUUAACUGGAAUUGGUAUUUUUACAAAACAUUCUUCUUUAGUGAAAAUUAUCAAAUAUCAAUUAAGAAUUACUCUAUUUUGAGUGGUUAAUGAAUCUGAACAGCACCAACCACCACAUUCCACAAAACCUAUGGUGAUAAUGAUUAUGAUGUUGAUGGUGAGGAUGAUUAUGAUGUUGAUGAUUGUGAUGAUGAUGAUGAUGGUGGUGAUGAUGAUCAUGAUGAUCAUGAUGAUGAUUAUGUUUAUGGUGAUGAAUAUGAUGAUUGUGAUGAUUAUGAUGAUGAUGAUCAUGAUGAUGAUCAUGAUGAUGAUCAUGAUGAUAAUAAUUGAUGAUUGCGAUGAUGAUAGUGAUGGGGGUGAUAAUGAUGAUGAUAAUAAUGAUGACAAUGAUGAUGAUGAUGAUGAUGAUGGUGAUGAUGGUGAUGAUGGUGAUGGUAAAAACGAUAAUGAUGAUAAGGAUGGUAGUGCGACAACCAUGAUGAUGAUGACGAUGACAUCAAUAAAUAUGUGCGUGUUCUUUUGGUGUGUUAAAUAAACAACAGUAUUAAAACAAAUCUUUGAAAAUCAUUUUUUCACCAUUGAAUGCCAUAUUUCCACAGUCUGGUGAGGAGUGUCUCUUUGAUUAAUAAAAUUGUAUCCUAUAAAUAUUUCACUUAUCAAUUGCUUACUUUAGUUUUAUAAUCGAUGUUUCUGAACUGUACACUGAGCUUUACAGUAAUACCUGAAGGGAUGGGUAGAACAGAGAAGUAUUGUUGAUAUGGACUAAACGAGGUUGCGGGGAAUAUGGAAAUGUACUUAAUUUCCUUAUUUACCUCUGGUAUAAAGUUAUAUUCAGCACUUUGGAUCAUAAUGCAGGUUCUUUGUAUGACAUGAAAUAAUGGCAACGUAGUCUGGUGGGAUUCAUUUUUUUUUUUACUGUAGGUGGUUUGUAGAGUAGUGGUGAUCAACCUAACGAUCACACAUUUAAUGAAGAUAUAGGGAAGGAUUGUAGGCCGACUCUGGUUUUAAAGUAAGUUUUGGGGUUAGGUUUUUAGGUUAGUUUGAAUGGUUAUUUUAUGGUUAGGUAGGCUUUCAAAGGAGUAAUAGUGGCUAUUUGAAGGCUUGUUUUCAUUUUGGGUAGUAGCCACAUUUGCAAUUUAUGAAUGAAAUAACAUUUUCUUUGAGUAUUUUAUUUUUACAUUUUUGAGGAGGACACAUUGACAAACUACAUGUAUAUACACAAUUAACUUUCAAAAUGAUCUAAUCUGGACAGCUUGAAUUCAUUUUGCAGGUGAGGAAAAAACAAGGGUCUAAAUGACAACUUUGUAGUCAUGGGAUAAGAAUAUGGGAUUACAAAAAUAGUAUACUAAAAUGGGAAGAAAGAUAGAGAGAUGGGCAGUGGCAGAUCUAGUGGGUGGGGGUUAGGUGUUAACACCCCUCUCCUCCUUAGGCUCAGAAGAAAAAAAGAAGGGAAGUCAAACUCCAACACCGCCCCCCCUUCCCUGCUGAUAGGGGGGUGGGUAAGUACGCAAUACGUCGCACCUCAUCCUCAUUGGGUCAACCCCACCCCCUCUUAGCAAUUAUGAGAAGGGGAGGGGGUAGAUAUUGUGGAGACAAGACAGACAGUUGUCCUUGUAAGUUGCAUGCAUGAUAAAACAGGAUGACAUUCUCGAGACAUGAAAUUUCAGAGAAAUAAAAAAUUCCAGGACAAAAACACACCCUCUUGAAAGGAAGACCUCAUUUCUCUUCAGUGACUUCAAAUUGAAAACAAAAUUACCCGAUCAAUUAGAAUUAGACUUUGAGUAGUCUAGGGGUGCGUUCAAACACUUUUCUUAAUCCUACAGUCAUGUUGGCAAAACUGUCUCUUUUUGUACAUUAUUUGCCAUAGACUUGCAGUUAAUCUUGAUUAUGCAAGUGAUUAGACCUCAUAUGUUAUAGUGCCCAGAACUAAGAUCUUUUUUGCAUUCAUUCCAUUAACCAUAAUUCCACAAAAUCCCUUUAAAAAACUCAUUUUUUCGCAAUUAAUAACUUUCAUGAGUUUUGAAAGACGUUUAUGUCUGACAAAAAUUGCUUGAACGCACCAGAGGUUUAAACUAAACGUCUUCGAAUACAGUGAUUCUCGUGGUGAAAUGGUUGCUUGAACACGACCCCAAAAAAUCCUCGACAAACGCCAGUUCAGAUUAGAUCAUUUUCUCGAGAGAUUCAUUCAGGUCCUCCUGUGCGGAAGGGAGAAUUAAUGGUCAAUAAGUUUUUGUUGGAAAAUGAGACGAACCGGACAAUUCAUGACAGACAUUAUCACGCAAUAUUGCGCACCAGUUUCCACCCACCCACCCGCCCCACCACUUGGGGGAAAAAAUACAGGCUGGUUAGAUCAACUUUAGGUGGUUUCAGACCGCCUCGAAGUUCGCCAGUUCCAGGUAUUCUCUGAUCGGGAAAUUUACCCCGAUCAGAAAAUACCAGGUAUUUUGGCGGUGUGAAAGCAAACUACGCGUAAUAUCCCCGAAAGAAAAUACCCGAUAAAUAGUAGGUACUUCGCGAAAUUACGAGAACUUUCGCGGGGAUUUUUCCAAGGUCGUGGGUAUUUUGGCGGUCUGAAAGCAAAUUACGGGAACUUUUAGCCCAGCGUGUCGUUGGGUGCGGCGCCGUGCAUGGGUUGCUGCUGGGCUAGUGAUUUUGAAUUUCGCGCCUUGCUGCUUAUCAGACCAUACUGCGCAUGCUCGUAACUUCAGGAACUUAUCCCGAAGGGUAUGUUUCAGGGCGGUGUGAAUGCAGGAAUAAUUAAUGGGUAUUUUUCAGCCUAAAAAAGUUCUCGUAAUUUAACGGGGAUUCUUGUGAUCGAGGCGGUUUGAAACCACCUAAUAUUAACCCGUUAACCCCUCUGACUACCAAGCUGUCUUAUUCCGAGUAUAAACACAGGCUUGGCACAGCAGUUAUCAUGUAUGAGUAGUCAACUGGUCGAUAUCCUUACUGCUCAAAGGCCUAUUUCAUAAAGACGGCAAAUUUGUUAUUUGAACAAGUUUUAUCAAAGAUAUAAAAAGACCCUAUUCCUCCGUUGGCAUAUUCAUACCCACUCACUACCAAUAACCUGCAAAGAGCGUGUCACAUCCCCAUAUUCCUUUUCUUAUAUUUUUAUAUAAAUCAUUGUUUUAAUAGUUCUAUUUUUUUUAUACAGACAUGUGUGAUUGCUGUUUUGUUUUGAACUUUGACUCAGCUGCUGUAAAAACCUGAUGAUUCGAGCAAAUACCCUUAAUUUGAUGAGAACCUUAUUACAGAAAUGAAAAUAUAUAAGUAACCAUUGACAGAAUAAUUCAGUAUUUGAGAUUAGGUAAUGAAAUUGGCCAUUUUAGAGCCUGGACAUCAACUAAUGAUCACAAACAAGAAUCUAAUUCAGGAUAUUGACUUAUUUGUACUUUUGGGGUUAGUAUUUUGUACUGGUAGUAGUCGCGGUUUUUUGGUUGUCAAGGUUUGUCAUUAAUUUUCAGAGUAAGUUGGGGUUAAUGAAUUAGUUCCUUAAUGAUUGCCAACUGUGUGUGAGCAAGGAGUUGGAUCCCUGGUUUGAGUGAAUAAGAUGAAUUACUACUUGUUUAAUACCACUUGGUCUAAUUUCUUUGAUCUGAUUCCAUUUGGUCUAAUAUCUCACUUGGUCAAAUAACAUUUGGUCUAAUCUUAGUUUAAUCUAACCUGACCUAAUCUCACUUAUUCUUAUCCCAUUUUGCUUAUUAAUCAA